AGGCUAUGAUCCUGAUGCUGGUGAAAUGCAGCUGUUCUGCCCUCUAGUGGACAUGAUAUGUAAGUACAACCAGUAGUUUUCUACACUUCCACUGCAACCCUACCACUACUACUACUACUGCUGCCACUACUACUACUACUACUGCUACUCAUAAUAAUAAUACUACUACAACUACUACUACUACUACUAAUAAUAAUAAUAAUAAUCAGAUGAAGCAUAAAAAUACAAAUAAAAUCACAGAAGAGAAGAUAAUUACUUGUUUUAAAACUUUACAAAGAUAAGAUCAAAAUUAAAGGGUUAGUUCACACAAACCACAAAAUGAACAUUUUAUAACUUUGUUUUUUUCAGGUCAUUCAGGUAGUUUUUGGAUAAAUUUGUGAAAGUUGAGAUUUCCUCACUGCAGACAGAAAAUGUUAAACAGAUUCAAAGACACGGUUUCCUUUUGAAGAAACAAGAAGUGAUGAUGAAAUAAUAAAAAAACUCUUUGCAGAUAGUCAGAGAAUUUGAGUUUUGCCGCAGAGGCAUAGCAACAAGUUUAGACGAUUAAAAGGAGGGAAAUAGAACAAAGAAAUGAACGAUACGAGAGUUUAACUUGGAUUUGAGAGCAGAGACCAAACAAAGCUUUUCAAUUCUAUCUACUGGAGGUAAAGAUGGAUGAAUAUAAACUGAGGUUGAAACACAAAUACUGUUCUCCUUUCUACAUCUCCAUCACCUAAAGAUGUUUUCCAGGUUAUUGUAAACUUUGUAGACCGAGACAAAGACUGACUUUGUGAGCAGAGGAGUGACCUGCUGGCUAACACUGUGACACAGAUUGUCUCCGUCCAGAGUCACACUGGGAUGGAUGAACUCGUCCUGUGGGAUCACCAUCGACUGUGACACACAUGUGAUCAUCACACGCCUGCCGGGGUCGACAACACUGACGUGACACUACUCCACUUCCCCACAAACACACAGAGGGGUUAGAGUGAAAAGGUAAGAGCGGAGGAGGCUCUCUCAGUCUGCUCCACUUUGAGUUUGUAAAUGUCAGAAUCAGAGACGAAGACUUUGAUUAAAUUGUUGGUGAAUUAUCGAUCGGAUAACUUACUCCCCUCUAAUGAAGCUGGCCGUAGCCCGGAGCUGUGAAUAAAUUGUCUGUGUUGCUGUGUCACGCACAAGAGCUAAAGUGGGUGAACACACUGACACACAUUUCUGCACGUGGAGCAUCAACCGUCUGAACUUCAGGCCAUCAGGCAGAAAUUACAGGCUUCAUUUCUCUGCAGGAGUAAAAACUAGAGGACACACACGCUGACGUCUUUGAUUAUCUCUGUUUAUGUAGAUUAUAUGGACCAUGUGCAUUAUGGGUAAUGUGCAGUAUACAGUCUAUGGUCAUUGGUGCGUGCUUCCUCUGAGUUUAGUUCCUCAACGUCAGCAGCAGCAGGAAGAGACUCUGAGAAAAUACAUUUCCAUUCUGUCCUUAAUGUAUCUGAUCUCAGCAAGUCUGACCUACUUCACCUCAUUAUAUGACUCAGACUGAACCGUAGGGGAAUGGACAGAUAUAAAACUGUAUAGAUGUCAAACUGUACAGAUAUUAAACUGUAUAGAUAUAAAGCUAUGAAGAUAUCAAAUUGUAAAGACAUAAAACUGUAUAGAUGUCAAACUGUACAGAUAUAACACUAUAUAGAUGUAUAACUGAACAGAUAAAAACCUGUACAGAUAUUAAACUGUAUAAAUGUAAAACUGAAUAGAUGUAAAACUGUACAGAUAUAAAACUAUAUAGAUGUAAAUCUGUAUAGAUGUAAAACUGUACAGAUAUAACACUGUACAGAUAUAAAACUGAACAGAUGUAAAACUAUAUAGAUGUAAAACUAUAUAGAUGUAAAACUGUCCAAACAUAAAUCUGUACAGAUGUCAAACUGUAUCAUACUGCAUUGAAUUCUCACUAUCGUAUUGUAAACUAUUAUAUCAUAAUGUAUCAUAUCAUAUCACAUCACAUUGUAUAGUAUUGCAUCAUAUCAUACUACAUCACGUGGUUUCAUAUUGUAUCAUAACAUAUUGUAUUGCAUCAUGUUGCAUCAUAUCAUAACUUAUUGAUUUAUAUCAUAUUGAAUUGUAAACAUAUCGUUUCCUAUCAUAUUGCAUUGAAUCAUAUAGCAUCAUAUCUAAUUCAUCAUAUUUCAUCAUAUUGUUGUAUAUCACAUUGUGUCGUAAUGAAUUGUAUCAUAUUGCUGUCAUGAACCAGAGCACAGACUGGAGGACACAACGGCACGACACAAAUUCAGUCAAACAGACAGAGUUUAACAAAGUUCAGGCAAAGGUCAGUGAGUUCAGGCAGAGGGAUCAAACAACGUGAGGCAAAAGGUAAGAUCUGAAAAGGCGGGUAAAGGUGAUACUAUGAAUAAACGCUGGAAUGAGACAAGAAGUGCAACAAACUGAUGACGAGACGGUGAGACAAAAUACAAAAGGAAACGAGGGUGAUGAGAAACAGGUGAGGAGACACAAUCAGGCCGCAGGUGUGACGAGACGGGGGCGGGGCAGACCAGACAGAAACAAGAGUUAGUGAAAUACAAAAUAAAACAGGAAAUGAAACAAACAGGAAUGUGCAAAAAUAAAAGAGAAACUCGACUGACGUGACAGUUGAGUUUUACCACACAAUAAUGAAUUCUAUCACAUUGUAUUGAACUGCACCAUAUCAUAACAUUUCAUAUUGUAUCGUAAUGCAUUGUAUUGACUUGACUUGUAUUGCUGUAUUGUAUCGUAUAUCACAUUGUGUGUAUUUGUAUGAAGCGACUCUGGUGAAAGAGUUUUUAGAGGCAGCAGACCCAGAGGUCGUCAUCAGACAGUCAGUUUAAUUUAGUGUACGUACAUGUACACUCAGAUUUAUGAUUGACCAAUCAUCUCCACCUACAGACAGAUUUAUCACGUCCCAGCUGUUCCUCACCCCUCCGGUCUCCCAGUCCACAGCUGUCUGAGCGUCCCCCGCUGCCUCCUCCCCUAAUCAAUGUCAUGCACCGAGCAUUAAUACCCAAGGAUAGGAAAGUCACUAUCAAAGUCACGGUAGUCAUGGAAACAACCCGGGUCUGUUUCCACCCACUAAUCGAUGAGGUUGUGUGUGCAUGGCCAGGAGGACCCCCUGUCCCACAUUCAGACACAGACCCCCUGAUCCUCCACAGCAGGACGGAGAGAAAGCCGGGCUGAGCGAGGACGCAGGAGAGGAAGAGCGAGAAGAGAUGAAGAAAGAAGUGGAUCAGAGCGUGAGGAUGAUGUUUGUGGCUCUGUGUGUGAGUCUGCAGGCGGCGGCGGCGGCGGCUGCAGGUGAGUUCCUGUUCAGAGAUACUUUGACAGACUUCAUCAAACACAAAACCGUAUUUCACCGAUUAUUGUGGACUGAUGAACUCAUGUUUGAGACGAGCUCACUUCAGCAUGAACAUCCGUUUCCUCUGAGAGUGGAGGCCUGAGGCCGUGUUGUAAAUAAGAGUCUGAUUUUGCUUCUAAACUGGGAAAAGUAAUUAUAGAGGAGCGUCUGUUCAUGAAAAGAGAGAGAGUCCAGAGUAUAAAAAGACGCUUCAUGACCAUAAAACCAUGACACUGCUGUGGGGGGGUUAAUGUUUGUGGAUGAUUUAAAAAUUAUCUGUGAAAAAAGGAUCAUUAGGACUGUGUAAGGACUUCAGGAUUUCUGUUUUUGUUAAAAGGAAGUGACAGCAGUGGCAUUUUGAAAACUUGGAUUUAGCUUUCAUUGGAUAUGCAGACAGAAACAGUCCCGUCUGUAUCAGGGGUUAAUCAUCCACAUUCUUAAACAUGGUUUUAGGCCAAAACCCCAUUUAGACAAUCUGCCAUGAAAAAAAAAGUAUAAAUAGUUUGUUUUUCGUGUCCCCUCAGUCACCUGACCUGAGACUGGAAACUAAAAAUCAAACAUCGAUGUCGUUGGUUUCAUCCCUUUUUGUCUCGUUUGUCUUCGUAGUUCAUAAAAGUGCGUCUCUGUAAAUUUCUGUCUGUCUCAGCACAAAUUAAAAACUCCUCGUACCGGAUUAAAAGUACCAACAAGAAGUUUGUAAAGUUGAUGAAAAAAAGCCUGAAACCAGUUUGAGGGGGCAGGUGUUAGCCAAGCAGCCGAAGAAUGAGAUGUUUGGUGAAUUGCUGUAAAUUUCAUAUAAUUCUUGUAUGGUGCUCGGGCUUUGGAAAGGGAUGUCCCAAUACGAUAUUGAUAUCAGAUAUUGGUCUAAUAUCAGCAAAAAAAAAAAAGAAUAUUGGAUUAUGUCGGCUUGCAUCUAAAAUCUCCAAUAUCAGCACUCAAAUCCAAGCAGUCCAUUCCAGACUCCGCUCCAGAACCUCUAUCUAUCAGCAUGCAGAACCCACGUAAUCACAACAACAGUGUUUCUGCAAGACAUUGCAGAUGAGUUCAAGACUUGUCAUGCACAAUUGUGUGCCAAUAUCGGAUAAAUAGCUAAAUGAUAAACACUAAAUGAUAAAUUUGAUCAUCAGGUCGGCAGGAUGAGUAGCUACUUAAAGCUCCUAUGAGGACAUUUUUGUUUGUGUGUAUUUGGCGCCCCCUUUUGGACAAAGCUAUUUUUGCCUAUUUUUUUCCUCGUCUUCUGAUUAGCGUGAAAACAUAAAAAUGAUCAAUCUUGUUGAAAAUGAUCUUGAUAGCUUUUUCAAAUUGUUGUAAAAGCUGCUCACAAGAGCAUUAAGAACAAGAGUGCAGAGACUUCUUUGUCCACAGGGGGCGCCAAGGUUGACACAAACAGAAACUUCCUUCUAGAAGCUCUAAAUAAUAAAACUCUUCACUUAUAGAGCCUGAUUUGGUAAUUUCAGUCAAAUAAAGCGUUUAAAAACAUGUGUAAAUCAUCCGUGUUGGAGCUUCCCUCCUUUUUCUUUCCACUCCUGUGAAAAUAAAAAACCCUCGACUGAUUCAUUAUUUCUGGCCUGAAACGUCGUCCUUGGUCCAGACGGUGAUUUAAAGGGAACAUCUCGACUCUCAGGCUGGGUUUGGGUCUCGUCGUUCCGGGAAAGGAAGUGCCAAAUAUUAAACAUGACUCAGAAAGAGGAAGCACACUGAGCUUCUGUGAAUCAGGGUUACAGUUAUAGAGCAGAGGAUGGGUGGAGGAGGGGUGGUGGUGGUGGUGGUGUGCUACAACCGCCUCAGCUGAGACAGAGCUCUAAUUAAACGUGACCCACAAUCCUUCAUUAUCCAGACAGCGUGUGCAGCUGGACCGAUCAAUGGCAUGGAUUUCUAUGAUACUGGUUCACUUCUGUCCGCUCCAGUAAAUUAAUCCAAGGCAGCUUCAGGACAUCAGCUCUGGGAGUCCUCCUUUAAUCUCACUUUCUAAUAAUCUGUUCAUCCUGUUCUCACUCCAUACAGGGAAAGCCGAUGGGGCCCAGGGUGGAGGCAGCGGCGGCGGCGGCGGGGACACCAUCAGCCACUCUGUGACCAUCGUGCAGCGUCUGGAGGCCCUGCUGGUUCAGGGGAACGGCAGCGACAUUUCCCUCAGGGUGGAGACGCCAAACGCGGACGAGGUGAAGGUGAUCCAGGUGCACUCGCUGGUGCUCUCGCUGCAGAGCCCCGUGUUCGAGGAGCUGCUGCUGAGCCGAAACAGCAGCACGCUGGUCCUGAAGGAGAGCUCCGACUGCGCCGCCGUGUUCGACAGGUUCAUCAGGUGAGAGGAAAGGGGAAAACAUCCACUCGCUAGAGUUAGAGCGCCCUCCAGAGGGAUGAACUCCUCAGCUGCAGCCCUGAGACAACCAAUCAGUGUUGACUUUAGUGUCAAACAAAUUGAUUAACCAGUGAACCGCUGGGUUCUCCUGCGGCGCAGCAGUCAGUGAGACGACAUGGAGCCGACUCUGCAGCAGCAAUCAAUAAAAAAAGAUCUAUUUUUAUCCCAGAUGUUAAUGAGGACGAUAAAAGCUGAAGGAAAACACAAAAGCACAUCUGCUCUUUACCAGAUGGAGAAAAUCAUGUCUGACCAUGUGGUUCAGCUCUGAAAACAAACACCUGAAGAAGACUGAGAGGAACACGACUCUUUACAGCCGCAUGAACACGAUAUUAGAUAUGAAGAACCAGCCUGGUUCAUCUUAUUUCUUUGUUUACUUUUCUUUUCAAUCAUAUUUUUUGACCUUUUUGUUUUUUAAGGUAGGACGGCUGAAGAGAGAGGAUAUGUGGGGAGGACAGGAAGUAAAGGGUCAUGGUAUCUGGCUUAGAGGUUCAGCUCCAACAUGGUUGAACUCAUUAUAGGUGAAGUGUUAAAGGUCAAACAGCAGGUUCACCCCAAAUUUCCACCGCAUCCGGAACGGCUACAACCCGAAAUGGCGGCUAUUUUCGCCGUCCGUCAAUUCCCACCUGAUCCGUUGGUGAGGCAAAUUUCAUGGUGGAUUACAGACAGCAGGAAUCACAAGAACUCACAAGAAUCCGCGGAUUCACGUGCAAUCGCGUGUUGACCUGCGCUCGAAUUAUUGAAAAAACUAGUUCGCACAUCUGUGAAGGCUCCAUCAAUGCUGAACUUUAUCUCCAGGUUUGGGAGUUUCAGGACUCUGUAGUUGGAGUCACCGCAUGGGCGCAAUAUCACUUAUUCGUGAAUUGUCCUGAGGUCUGAUGGAUCAAAAUCUAACACUCUUUUGGAAAGGACAACUGGACUUACAAGGAAGUCCAGUUGUCCUUUCAACGAAGAACUGGAAAUCAUAGAUGCUGCAUCCUCAAUUUUAAGCAUAACUCCCAAUUUCCACUGCAUCUGGAAUGGCGUCAAUUUUCGCUGUGCACCAAGGGCAAAUUUCGGACAGCAGGAAUCGUGAGAACUCACAAGAACCUGCGGAUUCAAGUGCAAUUGCAUGAUAACGACUUAACUCUAUAGACAGCCACAUAGACAUAAAAGCAGUAGAUUGUGUCCUUCCAGAGGAGGAAAUCUACUGCUAGACUUCUAGAAUCAGCAUCUCCUCAUCCAUGGUGUCAUCGGGGUGAAAUGACGUCUAAAAACCUUUCACUUGUUCGUCUCCGCCCGUUUGCAUGGUGUGAAAUACGAUCCUCCUGAAACACGGAGUGUUUUAUUUUGAAAAGAAGCCGGAUGUUUUAUUUUGAAAAAAUAGAACUCAUGCGAUCAGCUGUGGAGUCCAGCGAUCCACAAUGGAAUGGAAAUUGGCACAUCGAGUGGUUACAAUCAGCUAUGAUCGGCUGAUACAGCCUUUCGUAGUCGUUCCGGAUGCGGUGGGAUUUGGGGGUCAGACUCAGCGGUCUCAUUUUGGUGUCUCACGUUCCUCUUCGUCUCUUCAAACAGGUACCUUUACUGCGGCGAACUGUCUCUUCGUCUGGAACAGGCUAUAGCUCUGCACAAACUGGCCACUAAGUACCAAGUGAUGGUCCUCCAGCAGGGCAUCACCCAGUACAUGACCCAGAACCUGGCCCGGGACUCUCCCUCGGGUCACGUGGCGGGCUGGUAUGAGUACGCCCUGCAGGCCGGAGACCUGACCCUGAGGGACAGCUGUCUGCUCUACAUGGCCUGGAACCUGUCGUCGGUUCUGCAGAGCGGAGAGUGGGUGGGCAUCAGCAGCCAGCUCCUCAUGACUCUGCUGCAGCGCUCUGACCUCAUCCUGCAGAGCGAGAUGGAGCUGUUCGCGGCGUUGGAGGCCUGGAUCAUCCAGAACGAGCCCGACGGUCUGACGGCCGAGAACGCUUUAAGAGCCGUACGCUACGCCAUGAUGCCUCCACGAGAGCUCUUCCGCCUGCAGACGCAGUCGAUGAUCCUCGCACGCUAUCAGGAGUCGGUGCGAGACCUGCUCUACAUGUCCUACCAGUUCCACUCGGCGUCCCCGCUCAGCAUGGCGAAGUACUUUGACGUGAACUGCAGCCUCUUCGUGCCCAGGAACUACCUGUCCUCGGUGUGGGGGUCACCGUGGAUCAUCAACAACCCGACACGGGACGACCGCAGCACCAGCUUCCAGACCCAGCUGGGACCCAGCGGACACGACUCCAGCAAGAGAGUGACCUGGAACGCCCUCUUCUCGCCACGCUGGUUACCCCUCACCAUGAGAUCCAUGUACACGGAAACCGGCGCCAUGCAGCCGACUCGUGUGGAAGGAGGACGCCCUCGCAUCAUCAUCACACCGGCUACGUCCAGCGCGGAUUUUGCCGGCGUGAACUUCCAGAAGACGGUGCUGGUGAUGGCUCAGCAGCAGGGGAACGUGGUGGUCAAACACGUCUACAACUUCCACCAGAGCACGGAGGAGAACGGCGAUUUCCUGGCCGAAGCCGAUCUUUACCGCCGGACAUCGGAGUACCUCAUCGACAGCUCCCUGUACCUCCACAUCAUCGUGAAGCCGAUGUACCAGACCCUCAUCAGCACCAAGAACUGACCCUUCAAACCCCCAUCAGAGCCACCGUACCUCAACUCACGAUCCGACCCCCCUGAGCGCCAUCUGCUGGAUCACAGGGACGUGGAUCUGAACCCUCCUCCUCAUAUGUGUGACGUUUGGAUCAGUUUUCUUUAAUACCGUUCGUCUGUUUUUAUCUGGAAACUCACAAACCAAAACCAGACUGUCUGAACGUCUUUCAGUCAGGAAAUCAGGAAAAAUCUGGUCUUUAUAUAUAAGUUAUAAUAAAAAUAUUAUAACUUUAUUCCUGUUAUAUGUUUUCAAAUCCUUGUAACUUUAUCAUGACUUUAAUCCAGUAUAAUAUUCUGACUUUAAUCUCAUAAUUCGACAUCUUAAUUCUUGUCUGCAUGAUAUCGUUACACUAAAACUCUGUUUCUGCUCCUUUUACCAAAAGAUGCCCAAAAUGAUUCAAACACAAAUUAACCUGAGCUGAAAAAUAAGAUUUUAUUACGUCUAAGAAAAGUGAACUAAAUCCUGUAACUUCAUGAAUAAAAAGACAUGCACAGUCGCUGGUUUAAAGGUGCAUUUCGUCAGGAAUUACU